AUGUCGUGGGCCGGCUUCAAGAAGAAUGUCAACCGCGCGACGACGCAGGUGAUGAUGAAGACGGGGCAUGUGGAGAAGACCAACGACCGCGACUAUGAAGUAGAAGAGCGUCGCUUUCGUACCAUGGAGGCCGCGUCUCUGCGUCUGCAGAAGGAGGCCAAGGGGUAUCUCGAUUCGCUGCGGGCCAUGACGGCCAGCCAGAUGCGCAUAGCCGAGACCAUCGAUGCGUUUUAUGGAGACGCCGGUGCGAAAGAUGGCGUGAGCAGGAGUUACAAGCAGGCCGUGGAAGAUCUCGAUGCGGAGACCAUCAAAGCGCUGGAUGGACCAUACAGAACGACAGUGCUGGAGCCGAUAUCCAGAUUCUGCAAUUACUUCCCCGACGUAAACGAAUGCAUCAAGAAGCGCGGGCACAAGCUGCUAGACUAUGACGCCAUGCGAGCUAAAGUGAAAAAGCUGGUUGAGAAGCCCGACAAGGACGUGACCAAGCUGCCCCGCGCCGAGAAGGAAAUGGAAAUCGCGAGAGCUGCAUAUGAACAGCUCAACGAGCAGCUCUCGUCCGAGCUACCCCAGCUCAUCGACCUCAGAGUCCCGUACCUGGACCCCAGUUUCGAGGCCCUCGUCAAAAUCCAAUUGCGUUUCUGCGCCGAAGCCUACAGCCGCAUGGCGCAGGUGCAACAAUACCUCGAUGCGGAUACGCGAGAACAGUACGCACAGGGCCACCUUGACUCGCGGGUUGAGCAGGUGCUGCAGGAGAUAAGGGAACUGAGCAUCAGCGGAACUGUGUAG